GCUCAUCAUCAUGUCAUGUUGCUCCUCGAACUCAGUUUUUCUUGUCAAUCAAAACCCUCACUAGACUUGUUUAGAAUGCCUUCUUCUGAAUCAGGUACAUUGAACAUUGUUACAUUAGAAUUCUAUUUUCAUUUAAAAAUGAGAAAUUACAUAAUUAACUAAUGAAUUUGAAAUUAAGAUAAAUUGAUUAUAUAUUCAUAUCAAGGGUUGCGUAGUCCAAAUCAAGGAAAUAUAAAUAAAGGCAUUAAAUCACAGAAAAUUUGGAAAAUACUUCAUCUAAGCGAUGUCUAGAACUAGAUGCUGAAUCAGGUGGGAGUUCUCACUUUGAAGAGCGUCUUACGUCAACUGCUAUUGGAAAAGCUAAAAAGUAUUGAUGGCGAUAAUUUUGAACAACUUUUCCGAAACAUACUAACAAAUUUAAAAAAAUUAUUUAGCGUUGAGCUACGAUCGAAAAUGAAUUUGAAGGAAAACGACCGAAAAAGUUCUUUAGAAGUAAAGAUUUCCUUUGACAAAUUAGAAUACAGUAGUGCAAUUUACGUUGCUGUUAUGGCCAAAUGGUCAAAUGCUGAUCACAGAUCUAUACAAAAAAUUGUAGGAAACAAGUUAAAAAAUGCACCUGCUGAGUUAAAACUUUCGCCAAAAUACAACUAAUUCCAUUUUAUAUUUAUAAUGUAAUACAUAUAUAUAAAAUUUAUUAUAUACUAUUUAUUAAACAGUUGUAUAUAUUAUUUAAACAGAAACUUAUAA